AUUGAAAAUUAUUAAGAUUACAUAUCUCAAUAAAAUUACUUUCUCUUACGUUCAAUAUUUCUUUUUUUUUUUAUUAAUAAAAAAUAAAACAUUAUUUUAAAUCAUGUCUUAUAAACUUGAAUCUGAUGUUAUUAAAGCGCUUGGUGAACUACUUGAAAACAAAUUCAAUUGUGAUGUUAUUAUUCACGUCGGAGAGAAACCUAAUUUUAAAGAAUACCAUGCGCACUCUAAUAUCUUAAGCUGUAGAUCUAAAUAUUUUAAUGAAAUACUUUCUACAGAAGAUAUCAAGAAAAAAGAUGGAAAAUAUAUAAUUACAAAGCAAAAUAUUACUCCUCAAGCUUUUGACGUAAUUCUUAAGUAUCUUUAUACCGGACAUAUUAAUAUUAAUAAUAAAACUGGAACUGAACUUUUGGAUAUUAUGAUCGCCUCUGACGAAUUAAAAUUGGAACAAUUAACUAAACUUACUGAAGAAUUCAUCGUUAAAAACUAUCAACAAUUUUUACAAAAUGAUCCAGUUGGAAUUAUUCAAAUUGUUUAUUAUAAUAAAUCAUUUUUUAAUUUACAAGAAUUUUGCUUAGAAACGAUCUGCUACGAACCUAAAAUUUUAUUCAACAAUAAUAAAUUUAUCAAUUUACCCGCUCCUUUAUUAGAAAUUAUUCUAAAACGAGAUGAUUUAAAUUUAACAGAAAUUGAAAUUUGGGAUAAUUUAAUCAAAUGGGGGUUGACACAAGGACAAACACUUAAUAAAGAUAUUUCUAAAUGGAAUCAAGAUGAUUUUAAUCAAUUACAAAGAAUUCUUUACAAAUUUAUUCCUUUAAUUAGAUUUUAUUUAAUAUCAUCUGAUGAUUACUUCAACAAAGUUAAACCUUACGAAGACAUAUUAUCUAAAGAAUUAAAAAAUGAUAUUUUAAAAUUUCACAUGGUUUCCGAAUAUAGAUCAACCGUCAAAAUUUUACCUAGGUCUUCUGUAAAAUGUAACUUCAAUAUUGAUUCUGUUACAAUUAAUCAAAUUCAAAACCACUUCGCAAUUUUUGCAAAUUGGAUUGAUAAAAGGGGCGAAAAUAACAAAUAUACUAAAGAUAUUCCCUAUAAAUUUAAUCUUUUGUAUAGAGUUAGCAGAGAUGGUAACACAGCUGAAGCAUUUCAUGAAAAUUGUGAUAAUAAAGGGGCCACUAUAGUUAUAAUAAAAAUUGAGGGAUCGGAACAAAUUAUUGGUGGCUAUAAUCCAAUUGACUGGAAUAAAGAUGGUGGUUAUAAGUCAACAACUGAUAGUUUUAUAUUUUCAUUUACAGAUAGAAGGAACACGAAAACUGCAAAAGUAGGUUAUAGUAAUGGUAAACUGUCUAUAUGUGGCUCUACAAAUUUUGGACCAAUAUUUGGUGACAAUUUAUAUUGUAGAAAUGAUGGUAAUACUUGGAAUAUUAACAAUGUCUAUCAUUCUAAUAUUGAUGGUCUUCCGAAUGGAAGUAUAAAAGUAGAUGAUUAUGAAGUUUUUCAAGUUGUAAAAUAAUCAUGAAAUAUUUUAAUAAAUCAAAUAAAAUACUUACAAAAUAUUAC